AUGGAAGGCUUUGCUUAUCUUUUUCGAAUUCCAAAUGCUGCUACAAGAGCGCGUGUCAUCAAACAAUGUCUGUGGCAGAUUGAAGGCCAUACUAUGUUUGUUGACAAAUGGGAGCCGGGCGUUAUACCAGCUAAGCCCGAACUCACCUCAGCACCUAUAUGGUUGGAGCUUCGACAAGUCCCCUUUCAGUUCUUUAAUGAAGAUGGUCUGGAAAGGAUAGCGGGAUUGGUUGGACAUCCGAGAUUUUUGCACCCGACGACAUCAAAUAAAACCAACCUGGAGGUAGCUAAGGUCUUUACUAUCAUCGAUCCGAGGAAACCUCUACCAGAAGCUGUUAAUGUACAGUUCGACUCCGGUGAGAUCAGCAGAGUACUGGUCUCUAGCCCCUGGAUGCCGCCGGUCUGCGAUGCUUGCAAGGAGAUUGGUCAUGUUACAAAGAGAUGCCCAACAGCUCCAAAAACAUGCUCCCACUGCAAUUCAACCACUCACACUCUACUUAACUGUCCUCAAAAACAGAAAGGCGAGAGGGUGAAAAAGAAAACAAGGCGUAUCAAGUCUAGAGGGAAGCAGGUUUGGAAGCAAGUGGAUCAAGUAGAGGGAUCCAACAGAGACAUUCCUACUGCACAACUUGGGUUAACGGAGCAGGGUGAAACAAGUGCAGCUCCGGAGUACUUUCGGAUCACAAGGCAGAACAGCGGCUCAGCGAUAUCCAAAUCCUCAAAAUCUGAUCUCCCAUCGGACUCAUCGGACGUGGAAUCCUCUGAGUACGAGCUAGAAGAAGGAGAUUUCUCUCCACAUGCUGAUGAUUUUGAGGCCAUGGUUACGGUGGAGGUUACUUGGCCUACCUCGCCUCAGUCUACGUUCAUUAUCUCCACGGUCUAUGCAUCUAACGAUACAGCGCAGCGUCAGAUACUUUGGGGAGAAAUCUCAGCUUUGGGAUCCUCCCCGGAAUGGUGUCUCUUAGAUGCUAACGUUGAUGAUCUUAAUUUCAGGGGGACCACGUUUACUUGGUGGAACAAAAAGAAGCUCGCCCCCCUUGCUAAGAAGUUGGAUAGAAGUCUGGUUAAUGAUGAAUGGUACUCUAUUUUCCCAUCUUGCGUGGCGUUUGUCGGCAAACCGGACUUCUCGGAUCAUGCGGUCAUUACUAUCACUCUUGAGCCGGACAAGCUUAGGACCAAGAAACCCUUCAGAUUCUACAACUUCCUCAUCCAAAACCCGGGGUUUCAAGCAAUGGUUUGUGUUAGCUGGUUCUCGGCUAACAUAACAGGAUCGGCAAUGUUCAAGAUCUCCCGGAAGCUGAAAUUACUGAAAAAGGAUAUUAGAGAAUUCAGCAAGCUCAAUUACUCAGGAAUUGAAAAGAGGACUGCACAGGCUCAUGAGAAGCUUCUUCAGGCACAAACAGCAAUGCUCUCCCUCCCGUCCACCACCAACGCAGAUGCGGAGCUUCAGGCCCUUAAGGAAUUUGAGGAACUCUCAGCAGCAGAGACUUCGUUCUUCUUCCAACGCUCUCAUGUCAACUGGUUAGCCUGCAGUGAUGGAAACUCCAGAAUCUUCCACCGUUAUGCAUCUAGGCGUCAAGCCAUGAACCACAUUCACUUCUUGCUGUCUGAUACAGGAGAGAGGGUAGACUCUCAAGAGGGCAUUCAGAUACUCUGUGAUAACUACUUCUCGGAGCUACUAGGAAGUCCGGUCUCGCCACAAUUGUUCAUUCCAAGCGAUCUGGACCUCCUCUUUAACUUCAAAUGUUCGACUGACCAGAAGCUCAGAUUUGAGAAAGGUUUCACAGCAGAGGAGAUCAAGGAGGAUUUUUUCACACUGCCCAAAAAUAAAUCAGGUGGUCCGUACGGUUACUCAGCAGAGUUCUUCACUGCAGCGUGGCCUAUCAUUGGGCCAGAAAUUACUGAAGGGAUAUUGGAAUUUUUACGCACUGGAAAACUACUAAAGCAGUGGAACUCAGCUAACUUAGUCCUCAUUCCCAAGAAGCUGAAUGCAUCCUUGACGAUUGAUUUCAGACCUAUAUCGUGCCUCAACACGGUGUACAAGGUCAUCGCGAAGCUACUUGCCUCUAGACUCAAGGAUAUUCUGCCGUCAAUGAUCUCCAAAGCUCAAUCCGCAUUUCUUCCUGGGCAUCUCCUCGCAGAGAAUGUCCUACUGGCGACAGACCUGGUCGACGGAUAUAAUUCUCAAGCCACCUCUUCCAGAAGUAUGUUGAAGGUCGAUCUGAGAAAGGCUUUUGAUUGCGUGCGUUGGGACUUCAUUAUAGCGGCACUAAGAGCACUAGUGAUUCCCGAGAGUUAUAUCAGGCUGGUAACGGAAUGCUUAACCACAACAUCCUUCUCGAUAUCAGUCAACGGGACAACAGGGGGAUUCUUUAACAGCACUAAAGGGAUACGGCAAGGUGAUCCCCUAUCACCCUAUCUCUUUGUGCUCACCAUGGAGUGUCUUUCACGUCUCCUCCUCUCACGGUUUGAAAACGGAACCAUUGGCUACCACCCGCGAACUCAGGAACUGAAAAUCACCCAUCUCAUGUUCGCCGACGAUGUCAUGGUUUUCUUCGAUGGAUCUAGCAACAGGAUUCAGAUCAACGCAACGAAGACAGAGCUCUUUACCGCGGGUCUCGACCAAUGUGAAACCCAAGCCAUCGCGAGCUACGGUUUCCCUUCUGGUCAGUUCCCUAUAAGAUACCUCGGUCUUCCUCUUAUGUCUCGAAAGCUGAAAAUAUCCGAGUACUCUCCGUUAAUGACCAAGAUCACAGUGACGUUUCAAUCAUGGUCAGUGAAGAUUCUCUCCUUUGCGGGGAGACUGCAACUUCUCAAGACAGUCAUUUUCGGCAUUGUAUCUUUUUGGAUGUCCGCCUUUAUACUCCCGAAAGGUUGUAUCAAAGGAAUUGAAUCUCUCUGGUCUCGGUUCCUCUGGUCAGGAGACAUAGAAAAGAAGGAAAUAGCAAAGAUAGCUUGGCAAACGGUUUGCCUCCCAAAAGAAGAGGGGGGGGGGCUGGGCUUGAGAAAUCUGAUGGUUUGGAACCAGGUGAUGUGCCUCAAAUUUAUUUGGCGACUCAUAUCCAAAGCACAAUCGCUGUGGGUUGAUUGGCACACCAGCAUCCAUCUCAACGUCAACUCGUUCUGGGAAAUUGAAGGUUCAGCCGCUGACUCCUGGGCAUGGAGGAAGCUUCUUGAUCUCAGGCCCUUGGCGCUACAAUUCUGCAAAACCAGAUUAGGGAAUGGUCUCACUGCGAGAUUCUGGUACGAUCCUUGGACUCCCCUAAGCCAACUGAUAACAUACAUAGGAGCCGCGGGUCCGAGAGCGUUGAGAAUAAGGAGAACAGCGGUGGUUGCUGAUGCAAUUAGUAACGCACACUGGUCCCUCCCCCAUCCAAGAUCGCAAAAGGAAGUUAAUCUCCACUCCUAUCUCACCACUCUCUCUUUACCGUUACCUGUGCAUGUUGAGGAUGAAUACGAAUGGGUGGUUGGUAAUUUUGCUUCUACUGAUUUCAGGUCGGCUCAAACGUGGGAGGUCUUGCGCCCACGACAAGAAGCAAAGGACUGGUUUGAUGUGAUAUGGUUCAAAGGCGCAAUCCCGAAGCACUCGUUCACCAUGUGGGUAGCAAACUAUGACAGGCUACCAACGAGAUCGAGAUUGGCAUCGUGGGGACUUCCAAUGUCUCCUAUUUUCCCCUUCUGCUCUACCCAUGACGAAACGCGCGACCAUGUCCUACUCUCCUGCGACUACAGUAUGGACAUCUGGAGAGCGGUAAUGUUCAAAUGCAGACCUCCGCCAGCACAACUCCUCACUUGGGCCGAGCUACUAUCCUGGAUCAGAACUUCAACGUCACGACGCCUUACUCUGCUAAGGAAAAUAGCGGUCCAAACGACCAUCUUUCACCUUUGGAAGCAACGGAACAACCUGAUUCACAAUCAUAUACCACUCUCUGCUGCAAUGGUGUUCUAUGGCAUUGAUAAAGUGAUGAAAAACAUCAUCUCUGCAAGGCAGAACAGGAAAGCUUUCAGCUCCCUCAUGAUCAUGUGGCUGCAAUAG